AGCAAGAAACUACAAGGAAAAUUUAACAUGAACCGGGGUAAGAAAUUAGGGUUUAAGAGAAGUUGCAAAUUUGAAGAAUUUGAGGAAGUGGUCACUUGUGUACAUAUAUAUAAAGCUCUUUACUUUGAUGUACUUGACGGUUACACGAACUCUAAAAUCGCAAAAAGAUCUCUUAUUUGCAAAAACUCUGAGCCUAUCAUUGCCAAAGUCUCUGUCUUCGGUCCCUCCUGAUCAGAAACUAAACGGGAAGAGGCAAAAGAAAGGAGUAGUAGUAGAAGAAGAACAAGGGCAAAUCCACAAGAAUAAUCUGUUUUUGUUGCAUGAAAUCAGCGAAACAAUGACAAUGGAUGUGGAUCUCAAUGACUAUACCUUUAUCACGGAAGGAGAGGCUCAGAUUCUCAUGCAUAAGAAAAAUCAAGUGUUUUUCAACAAAGCCCAGGUUAACAAUAGAGACUUAUCCAUUGCCGUCCUAAGGACAUUUAUAUCUAAACGCAAGGAGGAACACGAAGCAAGGUUGUCUAGAAGAACAAAAUCAGUACAGAAGUUAUCUGAGAAAGAUGCUUCUGGAUCUGUUAUUGAAGAAGCCUCUAACAAACAUGUUGUGGACAAUGAAAAAUCAAAUGGAAAACAUGAAGAAAAGGUACACGUAAAAGAUGACUCAGUAUCUGCUGUUGAAGAAACAUCUGAUGAGCCUGCUGUGGAUAAUGAAAAAUUGAAUGGAGACAGUGAAAUGCUUGAUGAGAUACCUCAAGAUGAACCUUGCAGCAUAUCAGAAGAACCUGUACAGACCAAGGAGCACAAAGUUCCAGAGCCCCCGAGGGUUCUUGAGGCGUUGUCAGCUUCUGGGUUGAGAGCUUUAAGAUAUGCUAUUGAAGUUGAAGGGAUUGGUCAAGUUGUGGCUUUGGACAAUGAUAAAGCAUCGGUUGAUUCUUGCAGGAGAAAUAUAGAGUACAAUGGUAGAGUUGCAAAAUCAAAGGUUGAAUCACAUCUUGCUGAUGCUCGUGUAUAUAUGCUCACCCAUCCAAAAGAAUUUGAUGCAGUUGAUCUUGAUCCUUAUGGAUCGCCUUCAAUAUUCUUGGACUCUGCAGUUCAGUCUGUUGUUGAUGGUGGAUUGUUAAUGUGUACAGCAACUGAUAUGGCAGUUCUUUGUGGAGGUAACGGGGAGGUUUGCUAUUCCAAGUAUGGCUCUUAUCCACUGAGAGGCAAAUAUUGCCACGAAAUGGCUUUGAGGAUCCUACUUGCCUGCAUUGAGAGCCAUGCAAAUCGCUACAAGCGCUACAUUGUUCCUGUGCUGUCUGUCCAAAUGGACUUUUAUGUUCGAGUUUUUGUUCGCAUAUACACUUCUGCAAGUGCAAUGAAAAACACUCCUCUUAAGCUCUCGUAUGUUUAUCAAUGCAUUGGUUGUGAUUCUUUUCAUCUGCAGCCUAUUGGCAGGACUAUCUCCAAGAACAACAGUGUAAGAUAUCUGCCUGGGUUUGGUCCUACUGUUCCUCAAGAGUGCAGUGACUGUGGGAAGAAAUUUAACAUGGGUGGACCUAUAUGGUCUGCACCGAUUCAUGAUCAAGAAUGGGUCGCUUCUAUAUUAGAAGGUGUAAAAUCUAUGAAGGACCGGUAUCCUGCUUAUGAUAAAAUCUCUGCUGUACUGACAACAGUAUCUGAGGAAUUGCCUGAUGUUCCUCUCUUUUGGAGUCUGCACAACCUAUGCGCAACACUGAAAUGCACUGCCCCAUCCGCAGUAAUAUUGCGUUCGGCUGUGAUCAAUGCUGGUUAUCGUAUUUCUGGAACACAUGUCAAUCCACUGGGGCUAAAAUCAGAUGCUCCCAUGGAUGUCAUUUGGGAUAUAAUGAGAUGCUGGGUCAAAAAUCAUCCAGUGAAAGCUCAAGCACCUGAUCAAUCAGGAAGUGUGAUACUUGCUAAAGAACCAGUUCUUCAAGCAAAUUUUGCUCGAGCUGUUGCAUCUCUUAGCAAGGCACAAGCGAAGAAGAUCGCUCGCUUCCUUCCAAAUCCUGAAAGGCACUGGGGACCAAAACUUAGGGCAGGUCGUCAAAUUACCAGCAAACACGUGUCGCUUUUGGGUCCCGAGGCAGUGAAUGGACACCUGAACCAUGAGAACAGCGAAGAGCCUGAAGCCAAGCGUCAAAAGACAGCAGAAACAGAUACUUCAAACUCAAUUUCAUGAGAAAUAAGCUGUACUGCUUGUAUGGUGCUGGUAAAUCUAGGCAAGUCUUCAUCCUUCCUGUUGCUGUCUCACAAGUCUCCAUAUGUUUGAUGCCGGGUAAAAGCAUAUCAUGUAUCCCAUAAGUGCUAUGUAGUUGACAACUUUGCGGCAGACUAAGAAGCAGUCUUGCUCCAAUUUUGUGGUUGAUGUAUGAUGUUAGUUGUUUCUUGCUAUUAAUAUCAUUAUUUUUUUAUAGAAUUUUGCUAUUUUGGUAGUACAAUUUAUUUGUUUAUUGCAACUGAGAGAAGACAGAGACAGAGUGAGAGAAGUAGCAAUUUGCUAAAAACAAAAUUCAAGAUUUGUGUUAGCCAAAGGUCAUUCUUGCAAUGAUUUUUAGAGUGGAAAAACCCGGUUAGCUGCAUUGUGAUA